ACGCACACAGUGUCUGGAUGCAUUGAUCAGUGCAUUGAUUGAACUUCGCUACCUGUGUGCUGUGUGUGUGCGGUUCGGAUCGGCCCGGCCCCGCUCCCCACUGCCCGGAUGGCAGGGCAGAGGCCGGACCCGGAGGUGCGGAUGGCGGCGGCGGCGGCGGCGGCGGCGCCGGGUCGGUGCGGCACUAGUAGGAGCCGGAGCGGGAACCUCCUGCUGCUCCUGCUCAUACAUGUGCCGGGCAUCGCGGCCACCAACAUGGAGCCCAUUUACUGGAAUUCCUUAAACAAAAGGUUCGGGGACAGCAGAGGCUACAUUCUCUACCCCCAGAUUGGUGACAGGCUGGACCUCAUCUGCCCAGGUUCGGAUCAUCCCAGCCCCCAAGCUCCCGCUGAAUAUGAGUACUACAAGCUUUACCUAGUGUCAUCGCGAGAGCAGGCGGACAGGUGUGAGGUGACAGGCACACCCAAUCUGCUACUUACGUGCGAUAAACCCACCAGCGACAUGCGCUUCACCAUCAAGUUCCAGGAGUUCUCACCCAACCUGUGGGGACAUGAGUUCAAAACCAUGCAUGACUACUACAUCAUUGCCACCUCUGACGGGACACGGCAGGGCCUGGAGAGCAUGAGAGGGGGGGUGUGUGUUACUCGAGGGAUGAAGGUGGUCCUCAAAGUGGGACAGAAUCCUUACGGUUUGCCACCCAAAUCUGCAAGACCAGACUCGGGUCAAACCAACAGCAAGACUCCCAGUAUAACAGGAAUUUCAAGGAAUAGCACCCUGCCCGGGGGGCUGGCCGAGGGUGAGAAUGGACCCCUACCCCCCUCCAACUUGGCCCUGAUUGCCGGUGCGGCCGGUGGCUCGGCUUUCCUGCUGCUGGUGUCAGCCGUGGUAUGCGUGGUGUGCUACCGACACCACCGUAGCAAGCCAUCCGAUUCACGCCACCCACCACUGUCCUUGUCCUCUCUCACAAGUCCCAAGCGCAGCAGCGGAGGAGCUGGCAACAACAAUGGCUCUGAGCCCAGUGACAUCAUCAUCCCGCUGCGGCCUUCAGACUCGGCCUUCUGCCCGCAUUAUGAGAAGGUUAGCGGUGACUACGGUCAUCCCGUCUACAUAGUGCAGGAGAUGCCUCCUCAAAACCCAGCCAAUAUUUACUACAAAGUAUGAGGACAUGCUGACUUCACCCCUUCGUGCCACAUGUUCUCCCAGCCCUCUGUGCCCUGCCCCUCUUCCCUGGGGUCUGGUCCUUUGGUGUUUGAGUACCGAAAGCUGCCUGCUUGCUGAGCUGCCAACCUGUUGGCUGUUUGGGCCUCUCAUUUCUGACUGAAGAGUCCCAACAGCUGUCUGGCCAAGACCGGAACCAAGUCUGAAACAGCGCUGAGCUCACAUUGGUACCAAGACUCUGCUAAGACCUUCCGUGGGUCCAUACCAGGACUUUGCUCCAGACUGCUCUAAACAGUUACCGGGUCGAGAGAACCACUGGGUAAAACCAGACUAGUACUGGGAAUAUACUGCAGAUCUGUACUGGAAUUCUGACAUAUACACCAGCUCAACACCAUAUUUGUAUGGCAAAGACUUUCUUUAAGGGAGCGAGCGCCUGGGGUGUGUUAGGGUCAGGCCAGCGGGAGUGUUGGUGAUCCAUUGGUUCUCUUGAGCCAAUCUGCUGUCUGUAUUUCUGUGAGUAGUCGUCGUUGUAAUACUGAUCACCUCGGCUGCACAAAAAGGCUGUGCAGUUUAAAGAGUGUCCACGUGUGAAACGGUUAGUUUAAAACCAAAACAAUGAGAAAAAGUGACAAGCAAACCUUCAAAGUGAGACGGAGAUUUUUAACCGCAGCCCGCACAAAUUUCACUCUUAAAACUCCAGCGCAAGUAACACUUAAUUGUGUUUGCUUUCAUUGUUAAUUUUACUGUUAGACUAAUUACAUGUUUGUGUUUCAUCCGUGUUUCUCGGCUGAGGUUUACUGCUGCAGUUCAUAGGCCCCUGAGCAUUAUGAUUUAAUUUUUUUUCUUGGUGUGUUUUUGAUAAAUUUUCCUCCUUUUCACCUUGUGUAUGUUCACUUGUUCUUUGUACAAUGCUGUAGUUCUAAAAAUGAUGCUUUAUCAAUGGUGAUGUUAAGAACGGGAAGAGAAAUUGUGCGUGACAGUUUGAAAAUAAAUAGACUUAAGGGUUCUUUGGACAGGAAGGUUUGUGCACAAAGCACAGCUGUACUGGUCAUAACAGCAAAGGAAGGAAAGAAGGAAGUGGGAGCCGUAAGACAGGUGGGAGGACAGAGGUUAAAUGCCGCUAAGAGCAUGUGCUACAGAGGGAUGCAAACGAGGUCCAGAAGAGCCUCUUCAGAUGGACCAACCCUGGGAUAAAGAAACUCAUGGACAUGCAAACUGAUGUAGGUUUUGGGGCGAAGGUAAUACAAUUAUGUGGCACACAUACCCAAACACAAUUGUACAUGGCUAUAAAACACAUCAACUGAGCACACACUCAUUAUCCUCCGAGAUGGGCCCGUAAGAGGACGAAUCUGGAGAUGAACGGCCGAAGAGAGCAGAGCUGCAUAUGCCUUGUUCUGUUCUCUGUUACUCCUGUGUCUGAGUGUUUUUUUUAGACCCUAGAUGACUCAACCUGUUAAAGAAGCCAUAUAUUACCUUUCAGGGUUGCCCAGGCUUCGGGGACACAAUUGGGUUGGGAUGAAAGCCUGGGGGUCUUUUGGGCAGUCAUAAACACACCAAGAUGAGAGCAAGUACGAAGAAUAACGGAUGAAGAGUCUUUGGAUGGUUUGCUUCAUAGCCGUUUUCCCUAAGUUGUACAUGUCGGAGGAAGACGCUGUCUUGGAGAGUCGACAUUUAGGCGUAUUUUACUCUGACUGUUUCACUCUUGUGUUCUCUACUGAGUAAGAAAGGAUUGAAAAGCCUGCCAUCUUUCUCACCCACACGUGUUGUCUGUGAUUGUGCUAAUAGCUGGCAAAUCAAAUGUCAUGAAACACUGCCUUUUCACACUGGUGCGAAGUUGAGAUGCUGUUAGACACCUUAAGAUGUUUUUAUGUCCCAUGUAACUGCCUGUUUUCUCUAUCUAACGUACCCUAAAAAAGAAAAAAGCUAGUGCA